AUGGCCAAGUUCAAACACACUUCUUGGGAGGUUAUGAUCAACGAGGAAAGAAAUCUUGCCGUGAAUAAGUGGCUCAGCCUGGUCAUGGUCGAGCCCUUGACCUUCGGUGUAGCUAGGAACUUCUACGCCGGCAAGGCGUCGGGGAUCUCUUCGGGAUCACUUGCUGACAGCAUUUCGGAUUGCCUUGCUGCCAAGGCCACUUCGACGAUCAAUGCCAGGGCUAAUUGCUUGUUGCGGUUUGUUUCUUGGGCAAAGGGGAACAUGCCGUUUGUUUUUCCCUUGACCGAGCACGCUGUAUAUGCAUACUUCGAGGAGAAGAAAUCGACAGCAGCCGCGACAUCGUUCAGGAGCCUUCUUUCUUCCGUUGCUUUUGCUCAGCAUGUGGUGGGCCUGGAAGGGUGUGACAAGGUUUACACUUCGGGUCGCGUCCGCGGCCUUGCGUCGAAGCUUUUCAUGCAGAAGAGGAAGCUCAAGCAGCGGAAUCCCCUCAGGGUCUCCGAUGUCAUUCUUCUUGAAAGGAUUUGCUGCAAGCUUGAGAACAGGUCUUUGCAGGACCGCAUCGCUGCAGGCUUCUUUCUUUUCUUGAUCUAUGCAAGAGCUAGAUACAGUGACGGGCAAAAUGUAGCAUCGCUGACUGACUCGCCGCUCUACUUGGAGUGCAGUGUGGGCAGGUCCAAGACGAGUUUCACUUUGGAACGCAAGACCAGGUACUUGCCGAUGGCUGCCAGGAAGUUGGGCGUCAGUUGUGCAUGGGCCGAUGCUUGGCUUGAGGCCAUGGCAGAAGCGGGUCUUACGAUCAAGAAGAACGACCCGCUGCUCCCCUGCCCUUCCUCGAAUGGUUCUUGGAAGAUGGUCCCGCUUCCGUGUGAUCAGGCGUGCUCGUGGCUCAGGAGCCUGCUGGGGAACGCUCAGAGCGAUCCCUACCUUGCGAAUGUGGGAACACAUAGCCUUAAGAGAACUUUGCUGAGUUGGGCAAGCAAGCGUGGUCUGCCCAGAGAACAGAGGGCCCUCUUGGGGUAUCAUACGUCCCGAGCCUCGGGUGCGGGAUCAGAGCUGAUCUAUGAGUCCGAUGCCCAGUCGGCUCCGCUCAGGGCUUUGUCAUCUAUGAUCGACGAGGGGGGGCAGCAACUUGCUUCCGAGCUGUCGGCAACUGCCGACCCCCCUGGCGAUGAGAUCGAGUCGUCAGACUCUGAGGGCUCCGAGGACGAGGAGGAGAUUGACCACUCAGGAGACGAGGCUUGUGCUGCUGAGGCUUUGGACUGGCAUGGGAAGGUCGAUCUCGACAAGAUUGAUCCCUCUUGUGUCUUCUUUCGGCAUCGCCAAUCCAGGGUAGUGCACAUCACUGCCGACGAAGCCGGUGCCAACCUGGGCUGCGGUAGGGCCAUUUCGGGUCAGUACAGGAAGCUGGAGGCGCGACCCGCAAUUUUGCAUCCAAGGUGCAAGCAGUGCUUCAGGAAGUACUUGAUUGUGCAGCAGGGCACAUGA